CAAUGAUAUUAAUUGGUUCCUAUUUCCUAUAUCAGAAAGCUGCCUUCUUUAUUUACUCCGGUAGUAACUUUCUUGUUAAUUUCUGUGCAACUCUGUAGUGUUAUUCUACAGAAACUACAUCUCCUUAACUGGCAGCCAUGAAAAUAGUCCCUCCAAAUAAACCUCAUUUUUUCAAACCUAUUCUGCCUGGCUUCAAGAAUGGUCUAAAAAUUCCUGUAGGUUUCUUGAAGUACCUGAAGGGACAUAAGAAUGAACAUGCAAUACUUAGAAGGGGUAGCAAGCAGUGGCGGGUGAAGGUGAACGGCCGUCGAUUCGAAGCGGAUUGGGCUGAUUUUGCGCAACAACAUGAUUUGCAGUUAGGAGAUGUGUUGAUUUUCAGACAUGAAGGAAACAUGGAGUUUGAGGUUACCAUAUUUUAUUCAAGUGGAAGUGUCAGAGAAUAUUUGCAAGAAGAAGUCCAUACUGUUGAAGAGACUUCUAAGAAUGAAUUCGAAGAAAAGGCAAGCCCCAGCAUCAAGUUGUCAAACAAGGCUUCUUCCCAUGCAGAAGCAACUACUCUUGACAAGCUGCCUUUUGGUCAAUCUCAUUUUGUAUGCACUAUUAGACCCUAUUGCCUUUCGAAAGGUUUCUUGUUCCUUCCUCAACAAUUUGCAAAAGCAAAUGGUCUCACAAACAAGAAAUGCGAUUUGAUUAUAAGAGAUGGAAGACAAAGGUCGUGGAAUUUAAAGCUAAGUUCUAGUCGUAGACCUCGAGUCUAUAUAAUUGGAGAUGGAUUGCGUAAAUUCAUUGUUGAUAAUUGCUUAAAGGAGGGAGAUCGUAUAAUGUUUGAGGUUGUUACUAAUGGAAAAAUACCAAUAUGGAAAUUUCAAGUUGUUACUAAUGGAGGGACUCCAAUCAGGGAGUUUCAAGACAUUAGGAAAAAGCCCUCAAACAUGAGUCCUCUCAAUGCAAAAGUAUCUACUUCAACUUCAACUUCUGGUGAUGGUCAUGAUCUUCAUCUUCCUUAUUUUAUUUCAAACAUUAAACCUUAUUGCACCAAGAAGUCAGUUUUGUAUCUUCCACUGGAUUUUUUAAAAUCAAAUGGAUUGAUGGAUAGAAAGUGUGAGAUGAUUCUGAAAAAUGAAGAAGAUAGAUCUUGGUCAGUGUGGCUAGGGAGAGAAGGACGUCAUUUUGGAAUUGUAAGUGGAUGGUCAAAAUUCAGAACAGUAAAUGGUCUCCAAGUAGGAGAUGCUUACAAGUUUGAACUCAUCAAAAAUGGAGAAAAACCUAUAGCUCACUUCCAUUGCAAAUAUUCUGAAAAGGUUGCAAAGAGGGGGGAGGGACAGUAGUGAAGCAACUUGACUUUUGGGUCCUUUUUUUGGGUCAAAAGUUUGUUAAUGCAAUAUUUGUGCAUAACCUCAAAAUUUUCUUCUAUAAAUCUUCCAAGUAAUGUAAAUGUCUGAGAACUGCUAUUGGAAAGACUUGAAAGUAAUGACUGGCCUAGCCAUCUUUUUGUCCAGGCCCCAAAUACUCAGUAUGGUUAAAUUGUGGUUGUAUAAACUACUAGGA